AUGGAACAUGGGUCCGGAUUGUGGGAUAUGACACCUACUUUCACAACUGCACUCGACACAUCAGAGCUCAUCAAGAACAAAGAUGAGAAACAAGUUGUCAAAGCAAUCUAUUCUAUAUUCUCAGAGUCCUUUGUGUGCAUGGUUCAUCAGUGCAGGUUUAAGUGGGAGAGGGUGCAUCUUCCUGAGUCCAUGCUUGAAUCUUUAAAUAAAAUUGAACCCAUUGGCAAGCCCUCAGCCAAAGAUCUUGCUGGCUCCUCAUAUAUCUUCCCCAAUCCUCUGCACUCUACUGUGAAUAUGCAAACUAGCAACUCCUCCAUGUGUCUAUCCACCUGGUUUAAAGACUGGUGUGAUUCCAUCACCUCUGAUGGCCUGUCAAUGCAUCUCUCUACCAUGACAUUUGCUAGCACCACUUGUUCUUCUUUACAUUUGCACUCUGAUGAUGACGAUAACAACACUGCUGAGCUCACUCUUUUGUCCAAGCCAGUUGUACAUGACACAUGCAACAUCCACAUUCUAAACCCUGUCAAGUCAGAGGUUCACAUCCCUAGCCCUGCACCACUCACUGGCCCUACUCAGUGCAAGUAUCCACCAUUCAAAUCCAAAGCACCAAGCCCUCCGCCAUUCAUAAUCUCACCCCACUCACCUCCAUUGAAAUAUCCUGCAUCCUUGCAUACUCCACUAGCACCUAUCUCACCCACUCCAUCAUCUCAACAAGGCAAGAUUCCAUCAAGGCUUCCCAGCCCUCCACCAUUUGUAAUCUCACCCCGCUCACCUCCAUUGAAAUAUCCUGCAUCUUUGUAUACUCUACUACCGCCUGUCUCACCUACUGCCUUAUCUCAACAAGGCAAGAUUCUGUCAAGGCUUCCCAGCCCUCCACCAUUCAUAAUCUCACCCAACUUGCCUCCAUUAAAAUAUUCUGUCUCUUUGUGUCCUCUGCCAUCAUUGACGUCACAAUCUCUACAAUGCCCAUCUCCUUUGAAGAAAAAGACUUCUUCAGGCCACUCCAUCCCAGAAUCCAAAGCUGUGUCUGUGCCCUCCAGUUGUGAUUUCCAACUAUCACCUAGCACACCACAUGGAGUUGAUGGUUCUUCAGAUCCCCAGUUACCAUCUAGUGACUCUGGACUUAAUGCAAAAAAACACCACUCAAAUCCUGUGCAGAUCCAGAUCCAAAAUGCACCUUCCAAUUCCCUGUGA